GAUCGUAAGGGAUCGGUGGGUCCCGUUAGUUUUCGCGUCUAAUUACAGUUCCGGGUAGAAAAUCAAAAAUGUCUGCUACAGGUUGAGUGUGGAUAAACAACGUAUAAGGUUAAAAAAUGGAAGUGACUCGCCAGAAUUUUCAAGAGGUCCUCACAGAAUUGGAUGAUAUUUUGAAAACUGCUUCGUUUCUUGGAAUCGAUGGAGAAUUCACAGGACUUAAUUCAGGGCCUGAUGCUGGGGUUUUCGAUACACCUGCCCAGUAUUAUGCAAAACUAAGAGCAGGAUCCAUGGACUUUCUUCUUGUACAACUUGGCCUGUCUGUUUUUACAUUUGAUACGGAAACACAAAAGUAUAAUCAGCGAUCGUACAAUUUUUACAUUUUUCCACGUCCCUUGAAUCGCGCAGCUCCAGACUGCAGGUUCAUGUGUCAGGCUUCGUGUAUAUCAUUUUUGGCCACGCAGGGUUUCGAUUUUAAUAAACUUUUCAUGUUUGGUAUUCCUUACUUAACGGCAAGCGAGGAGGAGAAGUUGCUAAAGCGAUUGGAAGAGAGGCAAAAAGCUAGGGACGAAGUGGCAGAAUUGGUACCUAUUAUGGACGAUGAUAGACCUCAGAUUGAAGAAAUAUGUUCAAGAAUAGACGAGUUUAUCGCUUCCGAAGCGGAAGAAUUGACGAUAGAUAAGUGUAAUGCUUUUAUUAGACGACUCGUGUAUCAAGAAGUAAAAGUGAGAUGGCCAAACAAAUUGAGGGUCGAAAGUAAAUCCGAUUGUUCCGGAUAUAGUCUCGUAGUACAAAGAUCGGGGAGUAAAGAAGAAGAAGAACAAAAGGAAACAUUGAGAAGAGAGAAAGAAAUAACAGAGAUCAAAGAGGCAAUCGGAUUAAGUGCACUUUUGAAAAAAAUUUCAGAAUCUAGGAAAUUAAUAGUUGGACACAACAUGUUACUAGAUCUCUGUCAUAUAAUACAUAAGUUUUUUGGACCUUUACCGGAGAGUUAUCUCGAAUUUAAGUCUCUCGUUCAUAGUUUAUUUCCUAGAAUUUUAGAUACCAAAGUACUUUGCCAAUCACAACAAUUCAAGGAAAACGUACCAUCGUCGAAUUUGAGCGUACUGCUAAAAAGGGUUAGCCAAGCACCAUUUAACAUUCCGGAUGUGGAUUCUAUCGGUGAUAGAAGUUACUCCACAACGACCGAUAAAUGUCACGAGGCGGGUUACGACGCAUACAUUACCGGAAUAUGUUUCAUUGCAUUGUGCAAUUAUCUCGGUUCCUUACAAAAGCCUGAGGUUUCAAUAGUUCUUGCAAAUUCACAACUUCUCAAUCCCUUUCUCAACAAACUUCUCAUAGCAAGGUUAAAAGAUUAUCCCUAUGUGAGCCUAGUUGGAAAGGAUCCAAACCCUAGCAGAGAUCACGUGUUUCAUAUAACAUUCCCGAAAGAGUGGAAAUAUAGCGAUAUUUCGCAACUGUUUAGUCCAUUUGGAGGCGUGUACGUAUCGUGGUUAUCCGACACAUCCGCGUAUGUAGCAUUAAAUCGUCGUGAGCAAGCCAGCGCAGUGGCAAAAAAUCUAUGUAAAGCAAGUACGUAUAGGCUACAAAAAUAUGUCGAGCAUCAAGCAUCGUUAGAGAUAAACUGCAAUGUGGGAGAUCGUAAAAGAAAGUUAUCUUCGUCCGAAGAUGUCGCGGUGGAAACGGGGGAGAACUCGGUGUCGACGAACGGCGCAAAGAAGACGCAGAACGAGGAUGAGUGGAAGGUGGCCACAGGGAAACGGCGCCGAAAGCGGAAGUACAAUGACGUUGACACUGCUCAAGUAUCGGACAUGAAGAAGGCCUUCGCCGAAGUGGCCUCUUGGCGUUAAUUAGACUAAAACGAUGGUGAAUAAGUUGAGGAUGUCGAGACAGGUCGGCAUCAUUUUGUUCAUUAUAUAAUUUCUUGUUUCGUGAUUUUCAAAGCGACACGGAUAUUCACGCAAUUUAUUUUCUUUUCUUCCACGUAUACAUGACAGAAUGAAGUAAUAAUCUAACGUAGUUAGAUAAUGCUACAAUUGCACUGAUUAUUUUGCAUCGUGUUUUCACUGUAUUUAGUUUUUCGAUAAAUUUACGAAAUUUAGUUAAACGAACUUAAUUAAAAUUUAUGUUCAACUGUCGUUUAAAAAGUAAGGACGCGUUCAAAAUUUAAAAAUAUUUUUAUUAUCGAUCAUUUCCCUACGAACAGUUGACUUUUUAGGGAAUCGAUGGAUAAUUCAAACAUUUCAAAAGUUUGAAUACAUAAGUUUCGUCUUCUCAGACGGCUUGUACAUCUGUGUAAGAAAAAUCAAACUUUUUAAGGAAUGCAUAGAAUGGCAAUUGUUUCACGCUGUUAUUAAAUGAUGUAGUUAAAUAUUGUAAUUUAGAAAGCGAUCUUGUUCUGAUACAGGAUCGUCUUAUAAUAUGUAAGUGAGUUCUCACGAAUAUAAAUACACGCUUACAAAAUAUUUUUCCUAUAUAAUGGACCACACAGUCCGUUACUGAACGUGACAAACAACAGAUUGAUACAA